UUCUAAUAAUAAACUACAGCUCAUUUAACGAUUAUGUUUUAUCACAUCCGUAAGCAUUUCUGUGAAAAAGAUAUAAUCAGAUAAUUUUUUUGAUUUGUACAUCAACAUGCUUUUUGAAGUUGAUUUUCAUUGUUUUAAUUAGAUAAUUUUGACACAAACAUCUGGAAAUACAGUGUAACAGUUCCAUUUUUGUAAGUCAAGGUAAUGUAAUUGAAGGAUAUAAAUAAUGUCGACAAUAUAAAUCACAUUGUGAACUAAAUAUCCAUGGACUAGAACGGAUUUGUUGGAAGAAUGGACUUUCCUACAACGUUUGAACGUCAGAGCACAUGUCCUUUGAUUGGUCAAGUUGAACGACAGGAUGAAUACUGUGACUUCACAGUCGAAUUCGGGACCUGGACAAAACGAUUUCAUCGUUGUGUCCUUGCUGGCAGUGGAUUUUUCGAAACUUUGUUUGGACAAAAAGAAUUUAUCGAACAGCAUAAAGGUAGUGUCCAUAUUCACAUCGGAGACAAAGACACGCUUGAACAGGCAUUGAUGUUUCUAUACAACAAAUUUCCAGUGCUUAACAUGGACAACAUAUCUUUGAUGCUUGAAAUGGCAGAGUUUCUUUUAAUUCCGACUUUGAAGUCAUAUUGUGUUGAGUGGCUAAAUGAGUUGACAAUUACACGACACAUUGUUUGGAUUAUUCUAAGCUUAGAAUCAUUGUACGACUUUCAGGUAACAUCAUUGGUUCCUUAUUUGCAUGAACAUUUAGUUGAGCUUAUGGUACAAACUGAGAUGUUGCAAAUCGACAAUCAGUCAUUAGAGUACAUUUUAACAAACAAGCAGUUGUCGUAUGUUGGAAUGGAUCGAAAAUUCGACCUUCUGAUGCGUUGGACAAAACAUGAUAUUGUUAAGCGGAAGAAAAAGUUUGACAAGUUACUUAGCCAUAUUGAAUUUCUUCAAUUAAGCAAUGCUAUGAUUGAAAGAGCAAGAGGUGAUCCGUUUUUUGAAUAUAGCUACAUGCUUCAAUUAAGUAGCACAUGCCUGGUUGAUCAUUCUGUUGCAAUUAUUUACAAAGUAAACAUCAACAACGUAAAUACUGACUUGAUGAUUGUAUUUGAUGAGCACAGCAAGGAAUGGCACAAAGUUGAAUCAAACAUAGCAUGUGCCUUUGAAUGUGACUAUACUCACGAUCUCUUUGAUGAAACAGUUUAUCAUGUUCUAAAUGACGACAAUGGUACAAUUGAAAGUAUCAAUCCGGAAUGCAAUAGUCGUGUUUCAUCUAGACUAGCUUUCACAAGCGCAAGUGAUGAUAUUGAAUUUUCUCGAGGAUCAAAAAUAAAACUGUGUCUUUCCAAAGGAAUGUGCUAUCAGAUUAAACACAGCAGAAUGGAAAUAAGGAAACGAGUUUCACCACAAGGACAUGUAUUGGCCGAUGACAGAACGAACGUGCCGUUAGAUUUGCGAACAUAUAAUUGUACGCGACGGUUGGAAACAUUUUGUUUGUAUGCAGGGAAUUUGAACACCAUGCACGGUUGCACGUCUAUGACACCUGUUUUAAGUACGUUUCAAUUUGACGUCAUUGGGAUAUCUUGUUGGAAUGAGCACGUGGCCAUGCUAUCAGACGAUGAAGAUUAUCUUCUUCUCUACAACACCACUACAUGCAGACUCAUUCAGAUCGACCUUGCCCUUGGAUAUGACAGAAAACUAACGUCCUGUAAUGAAGGAUUUCUGGUUUUCACUUGUCGAAAAGUUAUUUGUAUCAUGAAACGUCCAGAAGAUGAAACAUUUCAAAGCGUUUCCGUUGAUCUUUUUGAUGAGUUUAUUUACGAAAGAUUUGAGAUUUUCAACGAUGCUAAAGAUAUUUAUAUCUACAAGGAUGAUUACAUCACCGAUAAAUUCGUUCUUGGGAGAGCAAAUAUUAAAGAGGCCUUCACGAUACCGCAAAAGUCAAUCACAUGGAAACUCGUUACACCGCCCGAUAUAGACAUAGAUUCAAUUAUAUCAAUAAUGUCUGUAAAAAUUCCAACAGUAAAUGCUCGGUGCCAUCUGCUUUGUCCAUGUAUACAAUGUAAGCAAAUUAGCAGAGGAAUCAAGCGAAAAAGGAUUAUGCAGUGUUCAUGUGGAUUUUGCAAUGCCAACGAAAGCAGUAACGACGACGCAGAGAACGCUUCAGAGGAAGAAAGUGAUUGAAUUGACAUGAUGAUGUUCACUCGAAAUAGCAAUUGAUAUAGUUAUUCUAUAAUGUCUGCUUUGACUAUGUCCACACUGCAAAUACGUUGAUAUGUGAUUCAAACAAUAAAGUUGCGACAGUA